AGGAGGGGCCCGGGUCUUGGUUCUGGCACAGCCGGUUGGCUCCCCAGCCUGCGGGGUGUCCUGGCUCCUACUGAGGAUCUCGUGGACUGGCGCAAGCCGCUGCUCUGGCAGGUGGGCCAUUUGCGGGAGAAGUACGACGAGUGGGUGCAUCAGCCUGUGGACCGGCCCAUUCGCUUGUUCCAUUCGGAUUUCAUCGAGUCCCUCUCUAAAACCGCCUGGCCACCUGGGUGGCCAGAGCAGGGGCUGCUAGAGGGGACUUGCCACACGCCUGGGAAGCCCGCAGCCAGGGCGAAUGCGGCCGGGCCAGGACGCGGCCCCGUCUCGCUGUCUGGGCAGCAGGGCCCGGCUGCUGACGGCUGCAUGUCUCCUUGUGCAGAGUAUUCCAUCCCCGUGCACAAACACGUCUUCCCCUUGCUCUUCAUGCUGGGCGUGCUCCUGUGGUCCCUGCUCGAGUACCUCAUCCACCGCUUCCUCUUCCACAUGAACCCGCCGGCCAGCAACUACUAUCUCAUCACGCUGCACUUCCUGCUGCACGGCCAGCACCACCAGUCUCCGUUCGACAGCUCCCGCCUGGUCUUCCCUCCCGUGCCCGCGUCACUGGUGGUUGGCGCUUUGUACGGCCUCCUGCAGCUCCUCCUGCCUGCGGUCGUGGGCACGUCCAUCUUCGUGGGCGGGCUGUUUGGCUACGUCGUCUACGACAUGACUCACUACUACCUGCACUACGGCUCGCCGGAGAAAGGCACCUACCUGUACGGGCUGAAGGCUUAUCACGUCAAGCACCACUUUGAGCACCAGAAGUCAGUCAGCAGGAGCGCCACGCCUGCGUGCGUCAGUCCGGAGUCCUAA